AUGGGUGAUGUUGGGAAGGGCAAGAAGAUUUUUGUUCACAAGUGUGCCCAGUGCCAUACUGUGGAAAAGGGAGGCAAGCACAAGACUGGACCAAAUCUCCAUGGUCUGUUUGGGCGAAAGACAGGUCAGGCUGUCGGAUUCACUUACACAGAUGCCAACAAGAACAAAGGCAUCACCUGGGGAGAGGAGACGCUGAUGGAGUAUUUGGAGAAUCCCAAGAAGUACAUCCCUGGAACAAAAAUGAUCUUCGCUGGCAUUAAGAAGAAGGGAGAAAGGGGAGACUUGAUAGCUUAUCUCAAAAAAGCUACUAAUGACUAAUAGU